AUGACAGAUCAUUUUUUGAAAGAAGUUAUAUCUCAUGGAAUAACAAGUUCCAAUGAUUUUAUUAUACAAUGUUAUGGAAUAACUAGAGAUCCUAACACUGAUGAUAAUAUUAUGGUAAUGGAAUUUGCAGAAGAUGGAAGUUUACAUAUGGACUUAAGGAGAAAUUUUGAUAAAAUUAAUUGGCAAACAAAGUUGGAAAGAUUAUAUUCUAUUGCAGCAGGGCAUGUAUUUAAUUACUGA